AUGAGACUUUCACUAAGGUGGUCAGCAUGUAAUUCCUCUAAUGUACCUAUGAAUACCAAUGCUUUUUCUCAAACAAUGAAUCUAAAUAAAACAGUUAAUAUGAUUACAAGUAAUAAAAAAGCAAACGAGAACAUGAAACAUCUUGGUAAUGGAUUAAUUGUCCAUAACAAUCCAUUACAAUAUCAAAGCCAAGAACAUUCAUUAUUACAAAUAAGUUGUGAACAAAAAGAUGCUUGUAAUAAAAAAUUAAAAUCUAAUCAAGAUGAAUGUGAAAAAAAAUUUCAACAAAUUACAAAACUACUUCAAGAUGUUCACUGUACAAGUUAUGAUGGCACACUUAUAUGGAAGAUUCGAGAUGUUUCUCGAAAAAUCACUGAAACUCAAUCUGGAAAGCACACUUCAAUUAAAUCAUCGGUACUCUAUUCGUCAUCAAAUGGUUAUAAAAUGAGUGUAUCUUUGUCUUUAAAUGGUGGUGGUGAUGCUGAAGAUACACAUAUCAUCAUUUCUCGUUCUUUAUAA